CCCAUCUCUGUUCGCUUCUCUGGUACCAAGAUGGCAACCACUGCCGGCGCCGGGAGAUCCACCGACGACAACCUCCUCAGUGCCUCGUACUCGGGAGCAAAGUCCAUCUACUGCUGCCGUGCCAUGUUGACCACCUCCGCCGGAGUAUGGCUCGGCGACAACCCCUUCCGCUUCUCCUUGACCCUUCUCCUCUACCAGCUCAUCACCAUCUUCGGCGCGUGCAGCCUGACCCACGUCGUCCUCAGCCGCCUCGGCCAACCCCUCGCCAUCUCUCAGAUCCUGGCGGGCGUGCUGCUAGGCCCGAGCUUCCUUGGCCGAAAUCUGUGGUUCGCGGGGCGAUUCUUCGCCCGCCAGAGCUUCGAGCAGCUCAACACCAUCUACAUCUUAUCCUUGGUGAUCUUCUACUUCGUGGUCGGCGUGAAGGCGGACCUGAGUAUGAUCCACAAGGCCGGGAAGAAGGCGGUCGUAAUCGCGGUGCUCGGCACCCUGCUACCCUACGUUUCCGUCUUCCUCAUGGCCACUGCGUUGAAGCACAAGAUGCCUCCUCGAUUGACGGAGACACCCGUGCUCCUCAUCCUGUCCGACGGAUGGUGCCUGACGUCCUACCCCGUCGUCUCGGCCGUCCUCAGCGAGCUCAACCUCCUCACCUCCAAGCUCGGUCGCCUGGCCUUGUCGGCAGCCCUCAUCGCCGACAUCAUCCAUCUGUUUGCGGAGGCCUGUUUCGGCACCUUCCUGCUGAGCGGUAAGGAGGGAAAUGCCAUGAAGGGGUUAUCGGGGCUGUUAUCCUUCUUGGGCUUGGUGGGGAUCAUCAUGUACGUCAUGAGGCCGCUCGUGCUCUGGAUCAUACGGCGGACGCCGGAUGGCGCACUCCUCAGCGAGGCCAGCUUCGUGUCGGUGUUGCUGAUGGCGCUGGCCUGCGGGCUGAUGAGCGAGAUCAUCGGCUUCGACUUCUUGGCGGGGCCCUUCUUCUUCGGACUGGUGCUGCCGGGGGGAGCGCCGCUGGGGACGACGCUGGUGGAGCGGGUGGACCGGUUCGUGAAGGGGGUGCUGUUGCCGGUGUGCCUGGCGGUGGGGGGGAUGAGGAUGAACCUGGCGUCGCUGGCGGAUGCGACGCAGUGGGCGUGGUUUGAGAUGUUCGUGGUGCUGUGCGUUGUGUCCAAGUUCGUGGGGGUGGUGCUGCCAUGCAUCUGCAGCAAUAUGCCGCACCGGGACGCCCUCUCACUGGGCCUCAUGAUGACUAGCAAAGGCAUCUACGAAGUAGAAACUGCCGUCAGGUGGAAAGAAACCGAGGUCCUCGUUUUGUUUGUAAUUGCAAAAGAUUCUAACUGGGACAAGUCCUGUUAA